AUGGCUCAGAAGUACAGUUGUGCCAGUUUUACCAUGAUCCGAAAAUCAUCAAACCAGUGCGAUGUCUGGCUCUACUCCUCGAUGAGCGUGUCAUUCUGUCGUGGCGCUAUCGUCGCCGAUUUGUCGCUUAAGACACAUCGCGCAAGCGUUGGCAGCUUACAUCUCAGCUCCUCUGCACAACAAACCUUGCCGGAUCGCAAGGGUCAGAAGGCAACAAGCAAGAUAUUGAAUACAUGUGUCAAAGCAGGCGCUCGACUUGGUUCGUCAGGGCAAGCGAAGCAGUCACAGGCAUUGGACAAUCAGUUCCAGAUACUGACAAGCCACAACCUCUGUGCACACUCGCCUUCUGCCACGCUGUUCGUUUCGCAGCCUGGGAUAACGCUGGCUUGUGACUCGCUGCAUCAGGAGUACAUCAUUACCAUCAAGCCAAGCUCUUUGGUAGAGCAAGCGUCUGGGCGGAACUAUUCCUUCGGAAAAGAUCUAGCAACCAAGUUACACAUCUGUGCAAUGCUUUGCACCUUACAGGAUGACACAGGCACUCUCUUGCUGAAGCAGAUGGACAAAGAACUGCAAGACGCCCCUUUGAUGGCUAUUGUGAACAACCAAGCCCCAUUUGCAACAGCAUUGGACAUGGCAGUGGCACUCGCUUUCCAUUUGGCUCAACUGACUACGACCGAGUCACAACUCGUGGCUGUGAGGCUGCUGCGUCUGUUUCAAAGAAGGUUCAGCCAAGCUUUCACCAUUGCUUUGUGCCGGACUCAUCCGACAGUCUUGCAGCGGAUGGCGACUCGCGACUGGAACAGUGAACGCGAAAGGAAGCUUCACACCCAGCGGCUAACUCUCUUCCUUCACAUGGCACAAAGUCUGGCUCAUGAGUCGUCUUGUGAAGCACUGUGGCUGCUGCUUGGGUCGGAAUUUUUCAAGUAUGCCCUCGCAUCCGAUCGGGACCCAGAAGAUUUCAAGCUGGCUGUGCGGCUCCUCGCAGCACUGGCACAUGCAGAUGUCAGUGAUGUGUCUCCGCGCGGAAUCCUUCCAGGGCGCUGA